UUGUCCCAGUCAACACAGGAGGCCCCACCCUUUGUGUUACCUACCGCCCGUCAAUCAAAAUAGAAAAAAAUACUGACAGUUAUCAUCUAUUUUUACGCGUAUACAAUCAAUUUAAUGUGUUGAUCAUGUCCGGUGGCUUGUGACUACCAAGGCUGUUCGUUUCAAAGCAAGUCACGCAAUGACUGCUAUAUGUUUUUUUACAUAGCCCCAGAACAGCCGAUGAACCCAGAGGAGAUGUCUGCACUGGACGCGGACAGCAGUCACGGAGACUUUCUGCAGCAGGAGGAGGGCAGGGGCAGUCAGGACACUCUGCAAUCACCUCUCGACCUUCUAGCAACCACCUGCACUAAGGUUGGGUCACCGACGUCAGAGGGGGACAGAGGUGCUGCAGCUGAUGUGACAUCAGAUCCAUCAACGCAGCUCACUGGGACUGAUAAAUGGGAGGUGCUGACCCCCACAUCAGUGAAAGAUGAAUCUGGAAUGAUACAAAUCCAAAGUCAAGGAAUAUUGACGUCAAAUGGACAGUAUGUUCUUCCUCUCCAGAACUUACAGAGUCAGCCAAUCUUUGUGACAUCGGGAACAGACAACUCUGCCAACUCAGUGCCUAACAUUCAGUACCAAGUGAUUCCUCAUAUUCAGACAUCCGAUGGACAACUGAGCUUCUCCACGUCCGGCGUGGAGGGAGCGACUCUGACUCAGGAUGCCACAGGGCAGAUUCAGAUCUUGCCAGAUGGCAGCCAGAGUCUCAGUGUGACUUCCGCCGCAAACAUCCUUAAUAACAACCAGAACCUCAUGUCACAGACUGGUCAUGUCCAGCAGAUCCAGGGGGUUUCUAUUGGCAGCUCCGCUUUCAACAACCAGGGUCAGGUUGUUACUAAUGUGCCUAUGGGCCUGCCUGGGAACAUCACUUUUGUUCCUAUAAACAGUUUGGACUUGGACUCCCUUGGCCUGUCUGGUGCUCAGACUAUAGCGACAGGGGUCACUGCUGACGGCCAGCUGAUCAUGACAAGUCAUCCUGGGGAAGGCUCAGAGAGUCUGGUAAAGACGGAUAAUCACCUCUCACAGACACUAACAGUAAAUGACUCAAAUGCAAAUCAAGAGAUAUUUGUGCCAACGUCUUCCUCUCAGCUUCACAUUCCAGCAAACGAAUCAGGUCUGCUAACACAAGACACGUCGUUGUCAUCGGUGACUACAGAGCAAGCAGACUCGAGCUCUGGUCUCCAGGAGGGCUUCAUCCACCAGAAUCAGGAGCAGGGUGUGCAGGUGUCGUCUGCCCAGCCCAUCAUCCAGCUCCAGCAGGUACCGAUACAAACGACCAAUGGUCAGGUUGUCCAGUCGAUAGGGGCAGGUGGACAGAACCUGCAAAACGUGCAGCUGAUAAACCCAGGAACCUUCAUCAUCCAAGCGCAGACGGUCACACCGUCCGGUCAGAUCCAGUGGCAGACCUUUCAGGUGCAGGGAGUGCAGAAUCUGCAGAACCUCCAGCUGCCAACAACACCGCCCCAGCAGAUAACCCUGGCUCCUGUCCAGACCCUGUCACUGGGUUCCAAUCAAGUCAGCAUCAGCACGGGGCAGAUCCCAAACCUGCAGACAGUAACAGUCAACUCAGUGGCCCAGCAGGAAGGAGACGCAGACAACAUUGGAGACAUUCGGAUAAAAGAAGAGCCUGACUCUGGAGACUGGCAGCUGAGCAGCGACUCCACCCUGAACACCAGCGAUCUGUCCCACCUUCACGUCAGGCUAGUGGACGAGGACGACCAGCUGGGCCAGGAGGGAAAAAGGCUGCGGCGUGUGGCGUGCACUUGCCCCAACUGUAAAGAGUCGGGUGGGAGAGGAUCCAGCACGGGGAAGAAGAAGCAACACAUCUGCCACAUCGCGGGCUGUGGGAAAGUAUACGGAAAGACAUCCCACCUGCGAGCACACCUGCGCUGGCAUUCUGGGGAGCGACCUUUUGUUUGCAGCUGGAUGUUCUGCGGAAAGAGGUUCACACGCAGCGACGAGCUGCAGAGACACAGAAGAACACACACAGGAGAGAAGAAGUUUGUCUGCCCUGAAUGCUCCAAGCGCUUCAUGCGGAGCGACCACCUGGCGAAGCACAUUAAAACUCAUCAGAACAAAAAAGGCGUGAACUCUGGCGGCGCCGUGGUCGCCUCGAUGGAAUCCACGGGGUCCUCAGACAGUAUCAUCACCACGGCAGGCGGGACCACCCUCAUCCUCACCAACAUCCAGCAGGGGUCCAGCACCGCCCAGGACAUCCUGGCCAACGCCGAGAUCCCUCUGCAGCUCGUCACCACGGUGGCCGCCAGCGAAGUCAUGGAGUGAUUUACACUCCCACUUACGAACUUCCAUGACCUCUCUCAUACUGUAUACUCCUACCUGCAUUUUUAUUCAAGUUUUGAAGAAAAACUAUAAAUAUAUAAAUAUAUAUUUUAACACGGAAAAUAGUCAAAACCACGUUGAGUUUUUACUGAGAGAAAAACGAGCGGUGGAGACUUAAAGAAGAUGGAAAAGACAUUGCAGUAAACACACAAGGAAAUGCCUUAUUUUGUAAAAUACUGUGUCGUUAAAAAAAUGUAGGAUGCCAUUUUGUUUGGAUUAACUUUUGUUUUCCUCAAAAAAUAUUGGUAAUUUGAGCAAAUGUUCUCCAUGUCAAGUGUUAUACCUUUCCUGGUAUAAUAUAGGUAAGCUCGUUCUGUACUCUUUUUGAUUACAGACACAAUCUCAUCAUCGAGCUCCUUUUAUCAGCUGAAGUCAUUUUAAUGCUUACGUCCAUGCAAUUUAUUCACGUUGUGUUCUUUGUUUUAGAUAUAUAUAUAUUAUGCAUUGAUUUCUUCAGCAUCCUCCUUGCAGAAUAGCGAGCUUUCCUUAUUUCACUCUUACCUGUGACGUUUUGCAGAUGGAAAUGAAAAACAAUCAAACGUUUUGUAUUGUCAUUGAUCUUGGACAUGAACUGUUGAUAUGAUACUCUUUAUUUGCUUGUUAAACAUUUUGACUGAAAAAGCUAUUUAUAUCAGGCUUUACGUAACAGAAAUGCAUUUGUGAUAUUAAAAGUCCAAGAUAUUUCAAGACUCCACUAUAUGUGAUUCAAUGAUGUUUUUGUAAAAGACAUUUUUUUGGGGAGGAUUUUCCCCCCAAAAAAAAGAAAAGAAAAGAAAAACGAACUUGCAUUGUAAUAUGAAGAUAAAGCCAUUUUUUUGGAGGUAAUUGCCAAAUCGGACUCCACACUCAGGGUGACUUGUGACUGUGAUGUAAGUAGAGUAAAUCACCCCUGUAGCUACUCGGGCCAUGGUGGGAUGUUGUGAAGAAAUGUUGCCGAUGGACCAAAAGCUGAAGUGAAAUAAGCUGUCACCAUGUUACCUAUGCUCGCUGAAUCCUACCAUGUCAGAUUUGUCUUCUUUUUUUUGUUUUUGUUUUUAACAUUGAUGACAGUCUGGGUUCAUGUUAUAGAUUCAGCUCUGCUGGAUUCUUUACGAGUGUAUUCCUCCAUCAUGCAGUUGAAGAAUCGGUGUAUUUCUGAAAGCGGUACUCUCUUAACAGCACUAUUCUCAUCACUUUGAUCUCCUUUAUCCUUUUUGUAUAAAACUGUUUGUACACUUCUCAAGGAACUCUCCUUUAUAUUCAUUUUCAGUAAUUGUAAAUUGUCUGUCUUUGUGUUGAUACCUUUUCUUUGUAUGUUGCAUUUCCCUGUUGUUUUUUUUUUUGUUUUUUUAUUUGAUCUCUGAACCCCUCAACUGUUGAAUAGUUCUAUUGAAUACACACUGAACUCUGAACUAUGGUGGCAUAUUGGAUCUUUCUUUUUUGUUGUUUGGACAAAAUGAAAACGAUGUGAUUUUCAUUUCUCCUGACAUGGACACGUCCUCUUCAGUCGUUCAUACUUUACCCUCUUGAGUUAAAAUUAGCAAGAAGCUAUUGAACCGUUCAAAGAGCAUCUUUUUUUCUCCUGUAUAAAUAUGUCAAUAUAACACCAAUAUAAAACUUUCUGUUACACUUGAA